AUGAAGACCUCAACUUUCAUCAGCCUUCUACUCGGCUCCUCGACUGUCGUCGGUGCAACAUCGGGACAUAAUCGGCCUAGACGGGAGAAAGGACUCGAGGAAUAUGCCGCUGUCACCCUACUCGACACCGCCUGCGAGACGGAAUUCCACCCUGACCAACUCGACAUUGCCUGGGUCGAACUCAUUGCGUCAAACACGAUCCUGCGGGUGAAUCUGACGAGCGGCGAGCAAACAAGAUUCCCACUGAACAACCCUGUUGGACUCCCUAGCGGCAUGGAGUUCCUCGCGGACGGUAACCUGUGGUUUUCCGAAGUCGUCGGCAACAGCAUGGUGAAGUUGGACCCGAAGGAUGGCAGCAUGACCGAAUAUCCCUUCCCUUGGACCAACAUCUCUGUUCUCGACAAUCUUCCUGCCGGAAUCCGUGUCACCAUCGACGUCGCCGGCGGCCGCGAUCGUGGAGCGUGGUUCACGUCCGUCGGCCUCAACGCCAUUGGCCGGUUCGACAUUGACACCCACAAGUACGACUUGUACCCGCUGCCGAACCCCCUUUCGGCCCCUCUCAUCAUCCAAGCUGGCCCGGGCAACACGAUGGUCUUCUCGGAAAUCCUCGGUAACAGGGUCGGCACCAUCGAUGUGAACACCAAGGAGAUCAAGGAGUACGAAAUCCCAACACCGCUGUCUCUGGUUCAAGGUGUCGCGACGGACAAGAACGGCCUCAUCUGGUGGACUGGAACGGGCGGUGGAAACUUUGGAACCAUCGAUGUCACAACGGGCGAGGUGACUGAGAUGUUCAUUGCCGACAUCCGCGCUGCGGGCAACUCGACUGUGGUUGAGAACGGUCUUAUCAGCAUCGGUUCCUCCGGGGCACUGGCGUUGCCUGGUCCGAUCCGUGUCGGUAACGAUGGCAAGGUCUACUUUGUAGAGGGUAACCUCGUCUUCCUUGGAAACCGCGUUGCGCAGUACGACCCCGAGACUCAGCAGCUCGUGGAGUACGUCACUCCCACUAGCGUCAGUGCCCCGUGUGAUCUUAACAACCAGCAACCGGACGCCAUUUACUUUGCAGAGUUUACCGGCGCCCAUCUGGGUCGCGUGAACUACUAA